AUGAGCACCGUCAUCCCACCCCCGCCCAAACGCGCACGCACGACAGGCCCACCGUCAGCCGCCUCGCUCGCAGCGAAAGAAGCCUCGUCCCUUCCCGUCCAGACCAUCGUCUGCCAGUUCCGCAACGCGCAGGAUGGCACGCUCCUUGGACCGGCGGUUAGCUUGCCGGCUGAUACGGGGAGGGAAGGGCUCGAGUUGCUGGUCAACAACCUGAGGGGGACGGCUGAAGACCCUGUACCCUUCUCUUUCCACCUCCAACUCCCCUCCGCCGCCGCGCCCGAACCAACAGACCCCUCUGCCCCUCCCACCAAGCCCGAAGAAGGUCUCCGCCUCGCCAUCUCGCGCUCAAUUCACCAAGACCUCCUUACGAACCCUCGACACGCCAACAAGCUUUCGACGGAAGAUGUGUUUGUGAUCGAGUGUGAGCCCGAGGCGGUGUUUAGGGUUAGGGAGGUGUCGAGGUGUAGUUCGUCGUUGGAUGGCCACGCCUCUCCGAUUCUCUGCGCCUCCUUCUCGCCAACAGGUCGCUACCUCGCCACCGGCUCCGGCGACAACACCUGUCGCCUCUGGAACCUCGACUCCGAGACUCCCGCCUCGACUCUCUCAGGCCACACAGGCUGGCUCCUCUGCGUCGAGUGGGACGGGCUCGAGAGGUUCGUCGCGACGGGCAGUAUGGAUAAUACGGUCAGGUUGUGGGACCCCAAGACGGGUAAGGCGGUCGGUGAACCGAUGAGGGGCCAUUCGAAGUGGAUUACGAGCUUGGCUUGGGAGCCUAUCCAUCUGAACGCCUCCUCCCCGCGCCUCGCCUCCUCCUCGAAAGACGCCACCGUGCGAAUCUGGAAUGCGAAAGCGCGCAAACUCGACUUCUCGCUCGGAGGUCACACGGCGAGCGUCAAUGUCGUCAGGUGGGGAGGCGAGGGGGUGAUUUAUACGGCGAGCAGCGAUAGGACUGUCAAGCUCUGGGAUGGCAAGACGGGCAAGCUCAUUCGGACGCUGUCUGAGCACGCGCACUGGGUCAACACGCUCGCGCUCAACACCGACUUUAUCCUUCGGACCGGACCUUUCGAUCAGUUUGCCAAGUUCCCGGCAUCCGACGAGGAAGCCCAACAACUCGCCCUGAAGCGCUACAAGACCUUCACCUCCCGCUCGCCCGAACAACUGAUCUCCGGCUCAGACGACCACACCCUCUUCCUCUGGCCGCCCGUCAACUCCGAUCCUCCCGCCGCGACGCCGAAGAAGCCCGUCGCGCGGUUAACGGGACACCAGAAGCAGGUCAACCAUGUUGCGUUCAGUCCGGAUGGGAGGUUCAUUGCGAGUGCUGGGUUUGAUAAUGCGGUCAAGCUGUGGGACGGACGGACUGGCAAGUUCAUCGCCUCGCUCCGAGGACACGUCGCAGCGGUCUACCGUGUCUCCUGGUCCGCCGACUCUCGCAUGCUCGUCUCCGCUUCCAAAGACUCGACUCUCAAGCUCUGGGACCUCAAGACGUACAAGAUCCGCGUUGAUUUGCCUGGUCAUUUGGAUGAGGUGUACUGCGUCGACUUUGUCGCGGACAAGAUUGCGAGCGGUGGGAGGGACAAGAAGGUCAAGAUCUGGCGCCACUAG